AAAGAGAAAUCCAAAGGCCACGCUCUAAUUUUUCAACUGACGUCACUCCUCUUCGUCCCCGUGAGAUCUCGGACCAUCAUCAGAUUUUUUCCCGAGCUUUUCCAUUUUGAACCGGCGAGAGACAUGGAUUCAUCAGCACUGCUUUUCAAUCAGCUCAAGACAGCGGAGCCAUUUUUCGUACUGGCGGGACCGAAUGUGAUCGAAUCGGAACAACACAUUCUCCACAUGGCCAAGCAAAUCAAAGCAAUCACGUCUAAGCUCGGAUUGCCGCUGGUCUUCAAAUCGAGCUUCGACAAAGCCAAUCGGACUUCCUCGAAGUCGUUUCGCGGUCCAGGUUUGGCUGAAGGCUUGAAGGUUGCAAAUGCUUAUGUUGUUGUAAUCCUUGAGAAGGUGAAAGCAACGUAUGACAUUCCAGUAGUCACCGAUGUCCACGAGUCGAUCCAGUGUGAAGCUGUUGGCAGAGUUGCUGAUAUAAUUCAGAUUCCAGCCUUCUUGUGCAGACAGACUGAUUUGCUUGUGGCAGCUGCUAAGACAGGGAAAAUAAUCAAUAUCAAGAAAGGCCAAUUUUGUGCUCCUUCUGUCAUGGCAAACUCUGCUGAAAAGAUAAGGAUGGCUGGAAACGAAAAUGUCAUGGUAUGUGAGAGAGGCACAAUGUUUGGCUACAAUGACCUUAUUGUUGAUCCACGUAACUUGGAGUGGAUGAGGGAGGCAAAUUGUCCUGUUGUGGCUGAUAUUACUCACUCUUUACAGCAACCUGCAGGGAGAAAGUUAGAAGGUGGUGGUGUUGCCAGUGGUGGUCUUCGUGAGCUGAUACCCUGCAUUGCCCGGACUGCGGUUGCUGUUGGGGUGGACGGUAUCUUUAUGGAGGUACAUGAUGACCCUUUGAAUGCUCCAGUUGAUGGUCCAACACAAUGGCCCCUUCGCCACUUGGAGGAACUUUUGGAGGAGCUUAUUGCAAUUGCUAAGGUUAGCAAGGGAAAGAAACAGUUCAAAAUUGAUCUCACUCCAUUCAGUCCUUGAAGAUCUGGAAAAAUGUAUAUUGAUUAAUUGCAUCAAAUUUGGGAAGCACAACAAUCAGAUUCAGAACCUUAGCAUGGAAAUGUUGUAUGCAAUGUAUUGAUUCAUUGUAUCAAUACCUCAAAGUUUGUGUACAUGACUUUUUUUUCCUAUUGCUCAAAUAACCCUUACAAUGGUCAUUUGUAUCAACUUUAGAUGCUUUAUGAGAGGAUUCAUCAUUUUCACUAUUCAAACAAAUCAAUUGUUUUGCUGUUUGAUG